UCAGUUUUCCAGCACAUUUCGCCGUUGAACGUUUGCGAUUCGUAGUGAGUGUGCGCUAGCCCAGAGUCGAACCAGAGAUAGAGCUAGAUUCAGGUAUUGAAAAUAAAAAGAAGAAAACAUGUCGUUGAGACGUAAGCAAGACGAUAUUCCGAUUAAAAUUGGCGGUUGGGAUGGACGGUUUGUGUCGGAGAAGCCAAAAUUGAAAGAGGGCUAUGAAUUAGUUAAACCAACCAGAGGGACGCUCGAUCGCCAGCAAUGGCAAGAGGGUAAAAAGGAAGUGAUUUCCAAGGGGCAACAUGAUUGCCGAUCAACGACACAUUCCGAAGAGACAACGACCAAAACAACAACAUCCACCAACAAUACGACAUCGCAGUCGAGCAAGGAACAUUUCAUUCGAGUUGAAUCGCGUGAAGAUCAUGAUCAACAACGGUAUGCUCAACAACAACAGCAUGACGAACGGUAUGAUCAACGCUAUGAAGAUGAGUAUGCCGAGAAUCGGGGCGAAAAUACGCAAAAUCAGUAUGAAUCUUAUCAACAACAGCAACAACAACAACAGAAUCAUCAGCAAUAUCAACAGCAAAAAUACCAACAACCGCAGCAGCAACAGCGUCAACAAUGCCAGCCACCACAAUCGAACCAACAAUUUCUCAGCGAACGGGAGUACAAUCAAGCCAAGCAAAGUGCAUCGGAUGCUGGCCAAUUGUACGGUUACAACACGGAGACCGAAGUGCUUCCAGCUCAAUGGGACGGUAAAUAUCCGGAGGGAUACCACAACUACCGACCAAAUCCGCAAAUCAAUCAGUCGAACGCGAACAAUUUGCACGGUUAUACGACGGAGCCAACGGUGUUGCCAGCCCAAUGGGAUGGCAAAUAUCCAGAAGGAUACCGUAAUUAUCGGCCAAAACCCGACCAAAAUCGCUCCAGUGCCAAUAAUUUGUAUGGUUUCUCAACGGAACCGACGGUGUUGCCCGUGCAAUGGGAUGGAAAGUUUCAAAAGAGUGGUGACACAUACCUUUUGCCCGAUCGUAAUCGAUCAAAAACCAACGAUUACUAUGGAUACGACAAAACACCAACCGUAUUACCAACGACCUGGAAUGGACAAUUCCAAUUGGAUCCCAACGAUGUACGCAUCAAACCCGAUCGAAAUGCAUCCGAUGUUCGCGACUAUGCUGAUCAUCGUCGAUUUGUGACCAGAGAAUAGUAAAACAACUGUACGAACAAUCGAUGAGCUACAUGCAAGCAACCAGGCGAACAUGCUAUGCAGCCAAUAAAAACAACAACAAAUCAACCUUCAAAACAACCAAUUCCCCAAUACUAACGCUCGAUCACGAUAUUCACUUAAAAGCACUGGCAGCGAUCGAACGCACGUUCGCACGCUUUGAAACAUGGCAUAAACACCGCUCGCGCUUACCACAAUACACACACACACACACACCAAAUGUGCUCAUCGUUUAUAUUUAUUUUAAUUUUCUCAUAUUAAUUACUAAUCAAUAAGUCGCGAUGCUGGCUCCGACCACGCACACAAUUUGAGAUGCAAAAAAAACAACAACAAAGAAUGCAAAACCAGAUCAGGAACUGUAAUUUUAAACACAUUUCAAAAAUGAGAGCAAUUUUUUGUCUUACCUUUUUUUGCUUCGUUUCGUUCUCACAUUUAUUCUGUUUAAUGGUGAAACCACACACAAAUACACUCUGAACAAAAUAGCACGUAUGAUUCAAUAAGCUCAGAAAAACCUUGUGAUAUACGUUCAAAAUAUCGGUUAAACUGUUUUUUGUUGUCACACUCAAUAGAAAUUAUUCAUUUUUUCUGCGAUUCUUUUGGAAUUCUUUCGUAUUUUUUUGUUUUUAUUUUGACUUCAGUUUAUUUUUUAUUCAGCUUCUUCUUUUUCUUAGAUUAUGUUCAAUUUUUUUUUUGUCCAAAAUGUACUCCAAAUUCCGAUCGACACAAUAAUUCAUAUUCUUAGAUGAAGCAUGCAAUAUUUGAGUUAACAAAUAUUCAUUUUGAUUUGUAUGAAAAAAUAAAAAUUACAAAAAAAAAAAAAA